GGAGACAGCAGGCAGCUCGGCCAACGGACGGGCCAGCUGGUUCCCUUCAGGGGCAGCCUUGCCCCCUCUCCCGCCCCGUCUCCCUCCCCCCCACCACACGGGGUUGUAACCCGAGCCGCCGAGCCACUGCCUCCCCUCCGGAUCCUCCCCGGAGGCUCUGCGGCCCGGGCCCCCGCGCCGUGCUGCCCCAUGCAGCCCUGAGCCCCACAGCAAGUCUGCCAUGGGCCGCGGGGCCCGUGUCCCCUCGGAGGCCCCGGGGGCAGGCGUCGAGCGCCGCUGGCUUGGAGCCGCGCUGGUCGCCCUGUGCCUCCUCCCCGCGCUGGUGCUGCUGGCCCGGCUGGGGGCCCCGGCGGUGCCGGCCUGGAGCGCAGCGCAGGGAGACGUCGCUGCGCUGGGCCUCUCGGCGGUCGCCCCCACCCGGGUCCCGGGCCCACUGGCCCCCCGCAGACGCCGCUACACGCUGACUCCAGCCAGGCUGCGCUGGGACCACUUCAACCUCACCUACAGGAUCCUCUCCUUCCCGCGGAACCUGCUGAGCCCGCGGGAGACGCGGCGGGCCCUAGCUGCCGCCUUCCGCAUGUGGAGCGACGUGUCCCCCUUCAGCUUCCGCGAGGUGGCCCCCGAGCAGCCCAGCGACCUCCGGAUAGGCUUCUACCCGAUCAACCACACGGACUGCCUGGUCUCCGCGCUGCACCACUGCUUCGACGGCCCCACGGGGGAGCUGGCCCACGCCUUCUUCCCCCCGCACGGCGGCAUCCACUUCGACGAUAGCGAGUACUGGGUCCUGGGCCCCACGCGCUACAGCUGGAAGAAAGGCGUGUGGCUCACGGACCUGGUGCACGUGGCGGCCCACGAGAUCGGCCACGCGCUGGGCCUGAUGCACUCACAACACGGCCGGGCGCUCAUGCACCUGAACGCCACGCUGCGCGGCUGGAAGGCGUUGUCCCAGGACGAGCUGUGGGGGCUGCACCGGCUCUAUGGAUGCCUCGACAGGCUGUUCGUGUGCGCGUCCUGGGCGCGGAGGGGCUUCUGCGACGCUCGCCGGCGGCUCAUGAAGAGGCUCUGCCCCAGCAGCUGCGACUUCUGCUACGAAUUCCCCUUCCCCACGGUGGCCACCACCCCACCGCCCCCCAGGACCAAAACCAGGCUGGUGCCUGAGGGCAGGAACGUGACCUUCCGCUGCGGCCAGAAGAUCCUCCACAAGAAAGGGAAAGUGUACUGGUACAAGGACCAGGAGCCCCUGGAGUUCUCCUACCCCGGCUACCUGGCCCUGGGCGAGGCGCACCUGAGCAUCAUCGCCAACGCCGUCAAUGAGGGCACCUACACCUGCGUGGUGCGCCGCCAGCAGCGCGUGCUGACCACCUACUCCUGGCGAGUCCGUGUGCGGGGCUGAGCCCGGCUGAUAAAGCACUUUCUCUCUGA